AUGUCCAAAACUGACCUCGAGAAACUGGCCUUCUUCAACAAUAUCCUAAGCCUGUGCAGCAAAGACCCAUCCUGCAAUGAUUCCCAACUGACUUACCACAACACCAGCCUGGUCUAUGACCUGGAUUUUCCUGGGGAUGGCUCCCCGUGGCUGCGAAUAGUGACCUCUGUUGUGUAUUUUGUCGUGGCUAUCACCGGGAUAGUGGGGAACCUGCUAGUGAUGUUCCUGUUGUAUUCAACCCGCACUAUCACCACAGGCACCAUCAAUUUCUUUGUGUUCAAUUUGGCUUUGGCUCACCUACUUUUCUCCAUGGCUUUGCCGUUUUGGGCCGUGGAUAAUGCACUGGACUACAGCUGGCCCUUUGGGUUGGCCAUGUGCAAGGCAGUGUCUUUAUUGACGGGGCUUAAUGUCUACGCCAGCUGCUUCUUCUUGACGGCCAUGAGCUUGACCAGGUACUGCUCUGUGGCCACGGCGCUCAACCCCACCGCUCCCCUGUGCAACAGCUUACGCUGCUCCCAGGUGGCCACGGUGUUCAUCUGGGCCGGGGCCCUGAUAGCCGCGUCUCCUAGGGCCAUAUUUGCAGAUGUAAAGCGCGUGGGCGAUGACAUGGCGUGCCUUCUCCGCUUCCCGGAUGGCACGGCCUGGCUGGGAAUUAACCAGCUCCUGCGAGUGGUGCUGGGGAUCCUGCUGCCCUACGCCAUCAUCAUCCUCUCCCAUUUACUCCUGCUGCGCUUCCUGUGCCGCCACAAACUGAGAGGCAUCAACCCUCGGCGGAAGGCCCGCGUCUCAAAGUCCGUGGCUGUGGUGGUGCUCUCGUUCUGUGCGUGCUGGUUCCCUUACAACAUCCUCACCCUCUGGAGCGUCCUCAUCCACCUCAACAUCAACGACAUCAGUCCCUCAUUCUACCUGGUGCAAACGUACUUUUUCCCCCUGGCCAACUGCUUGGCUUUCACCAGCAGCUGCCUCAACCCAGUCAUCUACUGCCUUGUUCGCAGGGAGUAUCGCCUGGCCCUGCACAACUUGAUCUUGAAAGUGAGUGUGGCUGUUAUGUCCAGGGUAUGCCUCUAUAAGGUCAACAGCAAUGAGGGACAGGCUGGGCAACUGGCCAUCCCGUUCAACAACAUGGACAGCCAGACAGUCCAGUCUGUCAAUUCAGACACGAGAUUAGUAACUCCACCCACCGUCCCGUCAUCGGUUUCCAUAUUAUGA